UUUUUUAAUUUAAUUCAUAGGAUCUGUAACUAUCUGCUUCAUUUAAAAACAUAAUUUUCAAUUAGAAGUAACGACUACGCUACUAUUAUUUUUUUAUUAAUACCGUGUUCACAAACCUAUGUCAGUAUGACAGCUCAUACAUAUGCAAAUACCGUAAUUUAAAUUAAAUUUUCAGCUUUUUGUGACCAUACUCACAUUAUACAAUGAACAUAAAUAUAUAUAUAAGUAACGAUUAAUCACUAAACCAAGCCACUUUUCAUGCCUGAUUUACAAAGGACGAAAAUCCGUGGAGCAUCCCCCAACACCGAAAAAGCAACAUUGAAAAAGAUGAGUACCGAUGUCUUGCCAACAUCAUCGGAUUUUAAUCGAAUCGAUAAAUUUGUUACGAAUACAGUCUUGCAAUAUCUUACUUCAGCGAAAAGACACAUACAACCUGUUUUGGAUGAAAUCGUCAAAAAUGUAACCCCUCAAGACCUAAUAAGUCACGAUAAUCUUGACACGGUGUGCUCCAUUUCAAAUGUACAAUUAAAAGCACUCGAAAAAGGCAUCAAUCUGUUUCAUCAGGUAAAAAGUAUAAUGACGUCUGACGGAAAAAAUUCCAACAGUUAUCACAAGCUCAAUAACACUAAUUCGAGUUUAAUAACUGUAAAUAAUCAACAGAACAGAGAUAAAGACGUUACUUUCAUUAGCAAAGAACUGUAUGAAGCGUUACUUGUAUUUUACAAGGAUUUAGAAAGUACAAUUGCAAACGUGCAAAAUUUCCAAAAGGAAACCGUAGAAAAAAGAACCAACAUGCGUCCAUCAUCGGCAAAAAGUCUUGACCUACCACUUUCAACAAAUAAAACAAGACUGAAAGACAAAAGAAUUUUAUCAAAAAUUGAUUUGAAAAGUAGGAGUGACAAAGCAGCUUCUACGACCACGAAGAUGAAUAUUAGAGAAUGUGACAAUUUUCAAAACGAAUUUGAAAACUUGAAAUGUGUUCUUAAAACUCUAAAAACGUUUAUAAACAAUUACACAAAGUCAGCCUGCAAUGUAGCUUACCACACAAACAACAAUAAAAUGACGAAUAGCAAUAAUAAAGUACAAAUGCGUUCAUCAAGCAACAAAACUUUGAACAUGUCCAAAGCAAAAAUACAGGUGAAAAGUUUACUCGAACAACUAAGGGAAGUCCAGGUCGUCCUAGAAAAUUUCCACAGGAAAACCGAAAUGGACCCCCUAAAAAUGACCACCAUUCCAGAAAAAAUUAAGCAUCCACACAAAAUACCAAUACCAAUCAGAAAAAAAAUCAACGAUACCCAAUUUGGUUUUGGCACUUCUAAUAACCAACUCUUAUCUAAUGUUAGCGUAUCCAGUUUGCCUCAGAAAUUUUUUAGAAGUAAAAGAAAUGUUACCACUUUGAACUACAACAGUGACUAUUCAAUGAACAUAAACAGUGCAGCAAAGCGUGAAAGAAACUCAAACAAACUAAAUGAAAAAAGAUGCCAAACAUGCAUUCCAAAGCCUCGGCAGAGUGUAAAAGCGGUUCAAGCGAACAUGCUAUUUUACAAAGACAGAAGAAAUAAACUGGCGUUUAGUCAGCUCCCACAAAAAAUUAAAAACGAAUACAAAUCCAAAAGUCACAAGAUAUUGCAAACCUCGGACGUGAGAUCGGUGAAAAGCGAAGUGGUGCGAUGUAAACAAACUCAUAAAUCGAAAGAAACAGUAAUCGGUAAUACUUUAGACUUAAGACAUGCUUAUAAAAUGCCAAAAAAUCGGCCCGAUAUAAGGGUCAGGGCAAAAUCUUCUCAAAGUUACAAAAAUGAAGAAAAAAUCAACAGGGAAAAUAGAAAUCGACAAUUUAGGAAUAAUUUCGAAACGCUUAAGACGUCGCAUUCAGAAAAUGCAGAGAUUACCAAAGACAAGUUCAGAUCUACAAUGACCAAAUCCGUCAAUAACGAUUUAAAAGACAUUUGCUAUUUGGAUAAUUGGAAUUCAAGGCGCAAUAACCGUAAAAAUAUUAAAGAAAAGAAAGCAUCAAGUCUCAGUAUUCUUAAAGAAAAACACGGCAGGUUUGCAACAGCUGAGCGUAAUACUGACAAUAAUAUUAUAACGAAGAAAAAAAAUCAGCCGAACAAUUUUAAAAAGGGUACUAGCGGUAAAAACUACUGUACGCAGACCUUCCUUAUACAAACGUUACCUACACAACCGGCACAGAUCCAAAAUAAUAAUAAAAUAGAAUACUCUAUUGACGAAUUAAUAAAAAAUCCGUAUAGAAAAAGGCGGAGAAUUUAUUAAUGUACCUAAUCGUUUUCUAUUUAAAUAUGAAUGCGGUACUUGUAAGAUGUCUUAAUAUAUAAAAUUAAAAAAACACUUUUUCGACCUUCAUAGCAUAUGUCUUUAUAAUACUAGAAACUUAAUAUCGAACACUAACAUCUAAAAAACUCUUACUUUUGUACAAAUUGUAUGUUCUUUACUGAUGCAAUAAAAAAUUAUACUUUGUUA